UUGACAUAUUAUCAACGUCAUUAAACCGGUCAAACGCAGUCUGUAUCAACCCCGAGUGUUUAUUCGCAGUUCGUUCUCAGGUGAACUUCUCCAGCUGACCGCGCUGCUCUCUCCCUGAAGCCCAGUGGAUCUCGUGACCUCAGAGCCGACACUCUGUUCAAGAUGGCGGUCUUGAGUGAAGAAUUUACACCUCUCCUCUGAAACUAAUCCAACAGUUAGCUGUCUUGGCAAGUUCAGUUCCGUGUUUAGAAAAUGGCACGUCGACAGCGUCCUUGCUCGCUCCCGUUUUAAACCGGAACUGCUGAGGUCAUGGAGUAAACCCGUCCAGGAACUGGAGCGAUCCAGGGCCCUCUGUUGUAGGCCAGAAUGGACAGCUUCUUCAAGGCAGCUGUUUGUGAUCUGGACAAAGUUCUUGAUGACUUCGAGCUCAAUUCAGACGAACUUGAAUGCAAGCCUGUUUUCCUGAAGCCCCCUGUCCACCCUUUCUCCUCACUGGGCCCUCAGGAUUCCUCCUCAGAGGUCUCUAGUGCCUCAACAAGCCUCCCAGACCUCAAUUCUCUUCACUAUGGCUCUGCAAGAAGCUGUUCCGACAGCCCCGGCAGCCACCUCCAGGGCGCUGACGGUAGCGAGGUCAGAGGUCAGCCCCUGACCGGCGUUGACCUUCUGUCUUCCGUGGACCGCAGGCCUGUGAAAAGCUCGGCGCCCCCUUGUCCGGACAGAACUCUGAAGCCAGUGUGCGACCUCGUAAAUGACGCAAGCUCGGCCAUCUUGGUACGGACCAACAGCCACGAUGCAUUCAGGGAGCUGGAUGCGGCUGAACAGCAGAUGGAGGAGGAGAAGGAGGCGCUGCUUGUGGACUUUGACACCCCCGUGGUCACAAAGGUGGGGUCAGAGCUCACCUUGAACAGCAUUACGGAGGAGCAAGCUUCUGCAGGGACCGAUGAGUUGCAUCAGCAGAGCAGCGGUUACUCUGCUUCACUCAGUUUGUUGGACAUUAUUUUCCCCGCAGCAGUAGAGAAAAGCUCAGAACCCAUCGACGAGUCACAGUCGAGAACCGCAGAGUCUGCUGAUGAAGACGAGAAAGAGAGCAAAGAGCAACCUUGCUUCUCCUCAGAGCAACCGGUGGAGAAUUCCUUGAACCUCCAUGAAACAGAUCCUACAGAAUCCAAUAAACAAGCGACUUUAUCAAACAAAGAGCAUUCAUUGGAUAAGAUGUUGGAUGAAGGUGUAGCUGAGUCUACCGAAGGGUUGAUGCAUGAAUCAAAUGGCGAACCAGUCAGCUUAUCAUGCCUGCCAAUAGCCAUGUCAAUGUGUGGCGCUCUGGUGAAGUCAAAUACCUCGGAAGACAAUUUGGAGGCAGCGGCAGAGCUUUGUGAUGAGGCGGCGGCGUCUGAGGACGCAGAGACGGAGUCACUGUUGGCUCUGGAACUGAAGGAUGACGCCAGAAACUCCACUAGGGAUGAUGACCCCUCUGAUUCAGAGCAGAUUCCGGAGCGCAGGCCAUCUCCGGAGGGCCAACAUGGGUCCCUAGAAUCUACCGUUCCUGCAGAACUCCCUACCUCUGACCGUUUGGAGUCCAGUCCGGUCGAUCCCCCUGAGUUCGGUUUUGAGUAUUUACCUGAGAGCGACCAGGCUGAGCUGCUGGUCACGGAUGAAGAGUUGGACGCUUUCCUUCAGGCGCAUGCCGAAGCGGAGCAGGGUGCAGGGGUUUCUUUCUGCAGCAGUGGCGGAGAUUGCACCGAACCGAAGUAUCUCUCAGAGCCGGGCCAAGGUCUGGAAGAACAGCAGAUCGAGAAAGGUCAACAAAGCUGCUCUCAGGAUGGACGGGAAGACCUGGAGGAACUGGCCUCUCCAGAAAGUUGCAGAACAACUGCUGCUACACCAGUAUUACAAGACUCUUGUAGACCUUGCCAGGAAGACUCCUCUGGAGUCAGCUAUUCUUUAACCAGCAACACUUCCCUGUCCCAGCACAGAAGUAGCUCCGAUCAACAACACUCCUAUGGAGGUGCGAGACCAAAACAGCCACACAGCCAAACUACCAGACCUCCACCUGCCGGAGAAGAAGGGGUGGAGCUUAAUGCCUCUCCAACAUCAGAAGACGAGGAGAGCCCAAGUCCUAUAGAGGAGCACUCCAGAUUCAGGGAUUCCAACUCCAGCAAUGCCUUUCAGAACCAUCAGGACUUCUCCGUGGGGUUUGAUGAACUCUCAGAGCCGCCUCCUUACCCUGGGGAGGAACCAGCGGCCGUUGCCAGAUCAACAAGCUGGAAGAAGGACAGCAUUGAGGAGCUGGGGAGCAGACAGCCGGAGUGGGUGCCAGACGCUGAAGCGCCUAACUGUAUGAAGUGCAAGCAGAGGUUCACUUUCACCAAGAGGCGGCAUCACUGUCGAGCCUGUGGGAAGGUGUACUGCGCUGGGUGCUGCAACAGAAAGUGUAAGCUGAAGUACCUCGACAAGGAGGCUCGAGUGUGCGUCCUCUGCUUUGAUACCAUACACAAAGCCCAGGCCCUGGAGCGGAUGAUGAGUCCCACGGGCCCGAGCCCCAACCCCAACGUCCCGUCUGAGUACUGCAGCACCAUUCCCCCUCUGCAGCAGGCUCGCGCGGCCGGAACGCUGAACUCCCCCCCGCCCACCGUCAUGGUCCCCGUCUCUGUUCUCAAACACCCCAACAAUGACGCUUGUCCACGUGAGCAGAAGCGCGUUUGGUUCGCUGACGGUAUCUUGCCCAACGGGGAGGUGGCAGACACGGCCAGGCUGUCGGUGACGAGCCACAGGAGCUCCCAGGAGUUCAGUCCAGACCCGGAAACCUCUGGCUCAGCUGGGUUGGACCCUGGAGGUGGUGCCCCAUCCGUCCCUGAAGCCCCUAUAGUCGAGCCGGUGGCGCGAGCUCCGGUGUCUGGACCCUGGGAUUACGGGUUGCUUUCUGGAAUUGCUUCUUCAGUGACAAGGGUUCCCAGUCUGCUACCAGACAGUCAGGAUGAGCUGCCUCCUCUGCUCAUCACCACCGGAGAAGAUGACGGAGAAGAUGUUUUGGUGGAGGAGAGUCCAGCUCCCUGUCAGAUCCGACACCUGUUGGAGGAAGGAGGUCCGCGUCCUCUGACUUUCGUUCUGAAUGCCAACCUCCUUGUAAACGUCAAACUGGUUACCUACGGCGGCAGGCAGUGCUGGUGCGUCGGCUCUAAUGGACUGCAGGCUCUGGGACAGAAAGAGUUGGUGUUUCUGUUGGAGUGUUUGUCAGGAGAAAAAACGCUUCCAAGAGACCUCUUCUCACUUUAUCUCAGCGUUUACCAAGAUGCCCAGAAAGGGAAGUUUGUGGAGGAACUGGAUAACAUUACGUUCACAAGCAGCUUCCUGGACAGCAAAGAUCAUGCAGGAAUGCUGUUCUUCUCCCCCAGCUGUCAGUCUCUGGACGGCCUCACGCUGCCUCCACAGCCGUUCCUGUUCGGCCUGCUCAUCCAGAAGCUGGAGGUUCCCUGGGCCAAAGUGUUCCCACUCAGACUGCUGCUACGGCUUGGAGCCGAAUAUGACAUGUAUCCAACGAUGCUCGUAAGUGUUCGUUUUCGGGACUCUGUGUAUCGAGAGACAGGACACACCAUUAUGAAUUUACUGGCUGACCUGAGGAACUACCAGUACAGCCUGCCAGUAGUGGAAGGCCUCAGGAUCCACAUGGAGAUGGGACACAGUUACAUUGAGAUCCCCAAGGCUAGCUUUAGCGAGAUGCAGAAGGUGGUGAAUUCCUCCAAUGAGCACGUCAUCAGCAUCGGAGCGAGCUUCAGCCAGGAGGCCGACUCUCACCUGGUGUGUUUCCAGAACGAAGAGGGAAACUAUCAGACUCAAGCCAACAGCAAGCCAGGGAAGACUCGCACAGUGACUGGAGCCAGCUUUGUGGUGUUUAAUGGAGCGCUGAAAGCCUCGUCGGGUUUUAUUGCCAAGUCCAGCAUCGUCGAAGAUGGGUUGAUGGUUCAGAUCCCACCGGAGACCAUGGAGUCUUUGCGCUCCGCCCUGAGGGAACAGACAGACUUCCACAUCCCCUGUGGGAAGAAUGACGGCGGAGAGGUCCGAGAGAACGUCACGGUCCGCUGGGUCGACUGGACCUCUCCCGUCAACUCUGGUAAAACCAGUGGGGUUGAUGGGAGGCCUCUGGAUGGCAUCCCCAGCGUCAGAAUGCAACAGGAUGCAGAGUUUGAGUCCGACAGUUGCUCCAUUAGAUGCACUGAGGUCAUCUACCAGCUGAAGGCUCCAGACUGCAGCCUGGCGUCCAUGCUGUCGUCUUGCAGCAUGUUUCAGAAGGAGAUCGCCAUGGCGACCUGCAGCGCUCUGGCUCCUCACCUCUCAGUUCUGACCGCAGGCGGCAUCAACUCGCUCUGGCUUCGCAUCUCCACUCAGGCCGACAUGGUGGAGUACCAGGCGGGGUCCGGAGGCCGGCUCCUCCCCCAGCGCUACAUGAACGAGAUGGACAGCGCUCUGAUUCCCGUCAUUCACGGAGGGGGUGCCAGCGUACCGCAGACUGCCAUGGACAUGGAGUUGGUCUUCUACAUCACACACACUUUCCAGUGAACAAAAACUAAACACCCCACUCAAAGUAUUAAAAAAAAUAAAAUAAACAAAGAAAAAAAAUGUAGACCCGUCAAGAGGAUGGAUGUAUUUUUAGUGGGAUGCAAACUUUAUAGAAAAUGGAUUUCUGUCGUCACCAAAGCUGCUACGUCAAACACUAAACACCGCUCUGAUCAGCUCUGCCUUCCUGGCUCUCCGGGAGCUCCUCUGUGAAUGUCACUACACACCUUCUUUUAAAAAAGGAAAAAAAAAAUCAUCUGGAUGUAUUCAUCAUUUAAAACGGGCUAACUGAAUGAACUGACAGCAGAGAAGCCACCGGGUGCUGAUGUGCUUGUAAAGGAAGGAUGAAGAAUCUGCUGAAACACAGAAACACAACUUCUUUCUGUCCACACUGGGACUUUUUUUUGUCUUGUGGGUCGUUUUUUUUUUCCAUUUAAAGUAUUUAUUUUUCAGAUUUCCCCUGUGCACACUUGUUCAGGGUCACUGUUUAUUCCCCUCCGCGCAAAAGAGAAUAAUACAUUAACAUAGUUUGGAUUAAAAUUGUACCAAAAUCAAGACAAAAAAUAGUAAAAACAACCCCGCAUGUUUCACAGCAACAUACUCAGAGAAACAAAACCAGGAAGAAACGCUACAAUUUAACUCAAGUCUCAUUUUACCAGCUCAGAUUCAGUUCUGCUUAUGGAGACUUUUUUAUUUUAGUCCAUGGAGUUUAUUCAUUUGUUUGGAAACACAGAGUAUUUUUUUUAGUAAAAACAUGGAAUGUUGGGUAGGAAAAUUACAGCGCCCCCUGGGAGACAUGAGGAAUUUUUUUUCUUUGCGUUCCCUCGCCAUAACGUAUCUCAUGCGGUAUAUAAAAACCCGAAAGGUUUUCUGGCACAAAAUAAUUUUUUUCCAGGCAUCUUUUUAGGUUUUAUACCUUUUUCUUGUGAAUACAGAUGCACCACAAACUUAUGUGCAUCCCUACUUAUAUAAAUAUAACAAAAACUUUCUGUAAGAACAAAAUGAUCAAAUCCAUCCAAACUGUUUUGUGCAUUUUUGAGUUAUUUUCACAGAGUCAUAUCAGCCAUUUGACAGUUUGUCUGGUCGUCUUUUUCAUGUCGGCAAUCUGAAUAAAUGUCUGUUUUCGUUUGCAGUCCCGUCUCCACCGAGACAUAUUACACAAACAAACACAAGAAGCAAAUUUUCUGCACCAAAUGACCAAAUUUACUCUGAGGGAACGCAACAACAACAAUAAUUAAAAAAAACAACCCCAUGUCCCCUAAGACUUUUGGUUUUUUACAAACCAAAAGUCCAACCUGACUGGAUAUUAUGGGAGAAUAAUGGGAUUCAGAUAGCCUGAGACAUCAGAUUAAACUUAUAUAUUCAUAUUUUAUUCUUUUUAUUCUUCUAAAGUAGGAGUGUCGAGUCUCUGCAACAUUCCUCGUAUAAACUGCUUCCACUGGCUUGAAUAUUUGAGGAAAGCUGACUGUAGUUGUUUAUGCCGUCUCUCCAUUUUAUUGCUUUUUUUUUUUAUAUUCUCAUAUAGAAAAUGAAAUCUUCUAAAACAGAACACUUGAUUAAUCGACAAGUAGCUGAGAUUGUUGGAACCGUCUUCUCAACAUCUUCACUCUGUGUGAAUGUUUUAUCUUUGAGUCGACACCGAGGCUCUUGAAUGUAUCUGUUUAAUGCUCCUCCUGUCAUCCCCAUAGCAACCAAUCACAUGUAGACCUGCACCGAUCAGUAUCUUGUAGCCAGUUUCAGAUCCCUUGGAUUUGGAAAGCUUUCGUCGACUUCAGCUGAUUCCACUUUCUCAUUCAGGACUCUAAGGAAGAUUUAGUCAAGAAGAUGUGGCACCGCUGAGUGAGUAAAACUAUUUGAGAAAAAGGACAAAGCAUGCGUUUUAAGUGGUCUGCUCCGUCUUAGAUCAGCAAGUAGCUUGGUUAGCAGUAACAACCAGCUGGUCCUAGAAAUGAAAUAAUUUUUUUUUAUACCAAAUUUGAUCUCCAAUGUUAAUUGAUUUUCUUUUUUCUUUAAUAAAUCAUGAUUGACAGAAAGUAUAUCUAAAAAAUAACAUUGGUGCAUUGAUGGAAAAAAAAAAAUCCAGAUUCCAAAACAAAAAAUUCAGUCAAUUGAUAAAACGGCUUCCUUCAUUACCAGCUCUGGCAGGUCUGUGUGUAUUCUUUAGAGAAUAUAGAUUUUAUUUCAAGAGAGUCGUAAAAGAUUAACAACAUUUCCAGACCUAGUAUUCCUCAUAACAGACGGUAUGGUUUUGAAUAUGAUAAAACCAUAAAUCUUUGCUGUCAUGUGCUCAGCCUUCCUGUUACCUUUCUAAAACAAAGCAUUCCCUUUCUCACAGCCUGAACCAACCGCAGGCGUUUCUUUGUGUUAUUUCUAAACGUUUUUGACGUCUCUAUACUCCUUGACACAGCACCACAGGAACAACUUCCACACUGAAGAGUGUUGCUGCUACUCUGUAGCACUUAGGCUUUGGUAAGGUGCGUUCACUGUUUGGAAAAAGAUCCGACUUUAGCGUUUCAGACCAACAUCAAAGUCUCUGUUCGCCUCCAGUCAUAUCGUCACCUUCCUAAAAUAAUGAUGGUAACAGUCAAUUUCUUUUUGCCACAAGAUGAUUUAGAAGGGGAAAAAAAUCAUUUUUGGCAAAAAACGACUCCAGCCAUUAUUUUAAGCAGGUGACAAUAUGGAAACUAAUCAUCUAUGCAUCCUUAGCUGAUCUGUCAUAACUCAUUAACUAUGCAUCUAAUUUAAAGUUUUUUUUUCCAAUAUCUGCUGGGAGGGAAUAGUAGGUGGAGCCUAAUCAGAUCAACUGAAGCUGACCAAUCAGAGGAAAGCAUCCAGUAAAACCCUGAUGGCAGAGAGUAGCUAUGUGCGCUCAUCUAUUUUUCUAGUUUAGGAUAAAAAUCAGUGUUUGACUUCUUCUCAUCCAUAUGUAUAAAAAAAAAUGUGCAGAGAUUAUAUAUGUAUAGAAGGAGAAAAAGAAAUACAUUUUUUGAUAUUGCAGAGAUAUUUUUGGUAUAACUGAUUAAAAGAAAAAAGUCCAGCAUAUUUAAGAUGUUUGGAGCUAAUGUGAGGUAAAAAAAAAAAAAAAAAAAAAGCAAAUCUAGUUCAACGUGAAUGUUUUAAAUCUGCAGCCUUGACCCUCCCUCUGCAGGUUGUAGUUUAACCAUCAGCAAAUACAGCCAGGGGAGUUUCGUGCUUCGGGUUAGUGUGUGCAUGACUUGGGCUAUUUGCUGUUUUGUGUCGGUAGGUGACUAAUAAAAGAGGGGGGGAGAUGAAGAAUAUAUAUUUUUAAUUGAUAAAAAUCAGCGUUUAACUGACCUGUAAAGUUUGCAUGUUUUUUUUUUCUAGUUAGGAUUUCUUCAGAUGAUUCAGAGCUGAAUUUUUUCGCCCCCACAACGUUCGAUCUUCAGCUAAUGACAGGUGGAUGUGGGACAGGAACUGCUGGUUGAACACUAAACUGCACUUAUUUUAACUUUAACAUCUAACAUUUUAGAUCUUUUAGCUGCAGAAAUGCAUCAUAAAGAAUGAAAAAAAAAAAAAAAAAAAAA